AUGGGCUGCCUCGGGAUUGCGGUGGUGGUGUACGCGUACGCGGCACAGGCCGACGAUGAACUGUCGGUGAACGAGGGAGAAACACUGUAUCUAGAAGAGCUCAUUGACGAUGCGUGGUACCGCGCGCGGCGCCGUGCGGUGGAUGCGUCGGGAAACGUGCUCCCGGCGGCCGACGAGGCAGGACUCGUGCCGGCCAACUACGUGGAAAGCAGCGCACCGCUCAAGCAGGUCGUUGCCGCGUACGACUAUGCGGCACAGAACGAGGACGAGCUUAGCAUGAACGAGGGCGAGACACUCGACGUGUACGAGGUCGACGACCAGUGGCUCUUGGCAUCACUCCACGGCUCGUUCGGUCUCGUGCCGGCAAACUAUGUAGAGGAGGGCGGCGCAGCGGCGCAGCAGGACGCAGGGCCGCGCGCGGAACCCGUUCCGGCACCCGCACCGCCGAUCGAGGAGCCGGCCGAGGAGAGCGCACCGCCGCCGCGCGCCAUGCCGCCGCCGUUUGCGCCGGUGGCUCCCGCGGCGCCGCCUGCACCGGUUGCUCCGCCUGCACCAGCCGCUCCGCCUGCACCGGCUGCUCCACCUGCACCGGUGGCGCCGGCUGCGCCGGCUGCUCCGCCCGGACCGGCUGCGCCGCCUGCGCCGGCGGCCCCCAUUCCCCCUCCUUCUGCCUUCCUUCCCCCGCCGUCGCGCGCACGCGCAGACGAAGACGAGACGGACGGAACAGAGACCAGCGCAACUGCCGACGUGCCUGCAGCAUGGACCGCGCCGCGUGCGUCGGCCGCGCCAGACGAAAUGAAGAUGUGGUCGGUAACGGAACUCGACAAGAAAAAGAAGCGCAAGGGCAAGGGCACGCUCGGUAUCGGCAACUGCGCACUGUUUUUUGCGACCGAGACGAAUGGCGCAUCGGUCCCUCAGAUUGAUAUCAGCAACGUGCUGCACUCGUCGACCGACGGCAAGUACCUGACGCUCGAACUGUCUGGCGCAGCGAACGUCGAGGGUGACCUGCUCCAGUUCCACGUCGGCUCCAAGAGCGCCGGAGACGCCAUCCAGUCCAAGAUUGAGGCGAGCAAGAAGGCCGCGUCGCGCGGCAGUGCGCCGACGCCGACGCCUGCGCCUGCGCCUGCGCCUGCACCGUCGCCGGCCGUGACGGCGGGUCCCAAGAGCAAGUCCUCGGCGCCGCUCGAGCAAGAAAUGGUCGUUGUGCUCUACGACUUUGAGGCGCAAGGCGACGAUGAGCUGAGCGUUUCGGAGCACGACCAGCUUGCGCUCAUCGAGAAGGAAAACGACGAGUGGUGGAAACUGCAGAACGCCGCGGGCGUCGUCGGUGUCGUGCCUGCGGCUUAUGUCGAGAUCCUCGACAGUGUGCGUGACAUGCCGCAGGAGCCCGCAGCGCCGCGCUCGCAGACGUCGAUCGUGAGCUCGACGAGCAAAGGCUCGUCGCGCCGCGGCAGCACCCCGAAAAAGGUCGGCUUCGAAGGCGGCGCCGCACCUGCGGCCAAGAAGCCGACGCGCACGCGCACCUGGAUCGAUGCGACCGGCAAGUUCAAGGUCGAUGCCGAGCUCGUGGACGUGCGCAACGAGCAUGUGCGCCUGCACAAGACGAACGGCUCGAUGAUCGAGGUCCCCUUCGCCAAGAUGUCGGACGUCGACCUGGCCUACCUCGAAAAAGUUACUGGCCGCCGCCUCGUCAUGGCGCCGUCGGACGUGGUGUCGCGCCCGCGUGCCGAGCCGCGCCAAGAACGGAGCCGCGCGCCGCGCGAUCCGCGGUCUGUUGCGCCGCCGCGCGAUCCACGGGCUGUUGCACCGCCUCGCGACCAGCGCAACCGGCGGUCGUCGCAGGUGCCGUCGCGCAACAUUGACUGGUUCGAGUUUUUCCUCGAGGCCGGCGUCGAUGUGGACAACUGCACACGGUACGCGACCUUGUUUGAGCGCGACCAGAUCGACGAGGCGAUCCUCGAAGAAGUCGACGCCAAUAUGCUGCGCAGCAUCGGUCUGCGCGAGGGCGACAUUAUCCGUGUGCGCCGCCUGAUUGACAAGCGCAACGGGCGCACACCGACGAACCGGACGCCGGCGCGCACCGCGUCGCCGCCCCGUUCGCGCGAGGACGAGCAGCGCCGCAUUCGCGAGGACGAAGAGCUUGCACGUAAGCUCCAAGCGCAAGAGAUUGCCGCGCAGCGCCGGGCGAGUGGCGCGGCGACGCGCGCCGAGCGCGUGCCGACAGAGAGAAAGGCGGACAAGCCGAGCCCUGUGCCGGAGCGCAGCCCCGCGCCGGAGCGCAGUCCGCUCCCGGACCGCACGCCCGAGAGCAAGAACGGGGUCGACGCGGAGACGAUCGCUGCCGCUGUCGAGCUCCUGCGCGAGCGCGAGCGCAAGGAAAAGGAGGCAGACGAAAAGGACAAGCCCAAGGACAAGCCCAAGGAGGAUGAAAAGAAGCCUCUCGACCCCGAGUCGGCGCUCUUUGACAAGCUCGCGGGCAUGAAACCGGCGCCAAAGCCGACCAUGACUGCAGCGGGCGCCAAGGCGCCGUUUGCGCCGGUGCCUGCGAACCAGGGCCUACUGCAGCCGCUCAUCCCCUUGCAGGGCACGGGCCAGAUCGUGCCGACCGGCACCGGGUGGCCUGCGUCGAUGCAAGGCCAAAUGACGGGCUACCCCAUGAUGCCAAUGUCGACCGGCUAUCCCCAGAGCCCCUUUGCAGGCGGCCAGAUGCCGCAGAUGCCGCAGAUGACCGGCAUGCAGGUCCCGCAGCCGCAAGCCCCGCAGCCGCAGCAGCCGGCGCUUGGUGCAGCGACGGCAGAGACGACGCAGUCCAACGACAAGUACAGCGCCGCGAAUGUCUUCCAGCAGAUGAAGACGGGUGCCUUUUCGCGCGAUAACGACUCGAUGCCGCAGAGCAGCGGAAAGUACGACGCACUGCGUGCACAGCCUACAGGGUUUGCUUCUGGUGGUAUCGUGAGCGAUGCGCCGCAGCAGCCGCAGAUGGACGCGUCGCCGUUCGCUGGCGGAUUCAUGCCGCAGCAAAUGACGGGCAUGCCGAUGGCGCCUACAGGGAUGUAUGGCCAUCCGACAGGCGGCUACAUGAUGCCGCCGCAAGGUCUCAAGCAGCAGUGGCAAGAGUCGCUGCAGCAUGCCGUCGACGAACUAUGUGCGCUGCACACCGACACAUCCAUGGCCAAACAAUGGCGUGCGAUGCCGACCAACCGCGAAAGCGGGCGGGCUGCGCCGCCGCAAGACGCGGGCGACGUGUCGGUAUCGAGUGCACUGAACGAUGUACCUGCCCCGACACAGACGCCGACUCCGCACGGCGGCGACGAUCCCGUCGCAUUUGCCGUGAUGCGCAAACGCCUCGGCGGCACCGACGUGUACCGGGCGUCGUGGGAGCACGCAUGCCGCGAGGCGCUGCCGAUGGAGGCGUUCGAGGCGGUGCUGCAGAAUGCACAGCGCACGCCGCACUGGCUCCCGGUCGUCGAGGGGGCAGACGUGAUCGAGGUCCUCGGUCCCCACACGCAGGUGCAAAAGACGCGCUUCCGCCUCGGCUGGCCGACGAGCGCGCGCGAUGCGAUCCUGCUUACCUAUAUUGCUGCAGACAGUGAUGCGCUGGUGUACGUCGCGACGUCGGUGCCGCGCACGCACGAUGCGCCGUCGUACCUGCGCCCGGCGCCGCCGUACGUUCGCGCACACGUCCACCUCUCGGCGCUGUUUGUGCGCCGCACGUCGCCGACGCGCCUCGCGCUGACCGCGUACUGGUCGUGGGACCUGCAUGGAGCGCUGCUCGGCAUCCGCAGCAAUGCCAUGGUCGCCUACUUUCCCCGGAUGCUGCCGAGCCUUGUCGCGUACGUCGAACAGGAGCGCCAGGUGCCCUACCUGGCGAGCUACGGCGCAGGAGUUGAGGUGACCGCUUCCUUGUCCGGUGACGAGGUGCCGCUCGAACUCUCCUACACGGUCCUCGACGAGGACGAGGACGGGCCGAGCCACGGCAUCCCCUUUGGCCCAGACGGCCUCGCGCCGCCGCGAUCGAUCGCGAUUGGCCUGCCGAUGCGCGGCGGCUGGGCACUGCAUGUCAACGCCAAGGCCGCACGCAACAGCAGCGCCCAGUGGCGCGCCAAACUCGCCGUGUCUGCGCCGUAUUAUACCCUGAUUUUGGAGCAUGAUCCAAUCGAGAACGCCGAAUCGUUUAUUCGUGUACACAUCGAGGUACGGCGUGCACCGUCUGGCGUCCAGGUCAACGACGAAGACGUCGCCGAGGUGCCGAGCGUGCCGCUGCCGAGCCGCCCGCCGCUGCUCGACCGCCUCGUGUCGGCGCAUGCAAUGUCGCCUGCGUCGCGCUUGAGCGAUAGCCCCGACGUGCGUCUGCCCCGUUCGACGUCUUCUGGAACGCUGUCGAGCACGGUGCCUUCGCUGCAGCUUACGCCGCUCGCGUCGCUCGUGCGGCGCAACUACAUCUACUUUACCUCGCUCCUGCAAGAGCCCGAGGCAAAGUGGACGCGCGUGUCGGACCUGCGUGGCGUGACCGUGACGCAACUCGACUCGAUCGACCCUACGCUCGUGGUGUACCGCGCAGAGGCGACGUUUGUCGGCCUCUCCGUGUGGGACUUUUUCUCGACGCUGAGCCACCCCGAGCUCGCGGCGCAGUGGGACAAGACGUCCGGGCGCGCGGUGCUGCUGCGUGACAUGGGCGGCCAGAGCGUCGUGUGGCAUAUGCACACGCAGGGCUCGUGGACGACGACGGCGCGCGACGCGGUCCUCGUGCAGACCGCGUACAAGUCGCCGAACUCGAUCCACCUCUUUGCGUUCUCGACGGACGACACGGACGCCUUCCCGUGGCUCCCGCCGUCCGACCCCUCGUCGAUCCGGACGCAGGUCGAUCUGCGUGGCUGGAGCAUCGAGGCGCUGUCGCCCACCACAGUCCACGUCACGCUCAUGGAGCAGAGCGAUCCGCGUGGCUGGGUCAGUAAGACGGCCGUGCCUGCGCAGAUGAUUGCGUCGAUGGCCGGCGUCGGCGAGUACACGAUUCGCAACGGCGGCCCACCGAUCGUGACGCGCUUCCUGCACGCACGGGCAUGUACGUGGCGCUACGACCACGAGCAGGCGACGUACACGCUCGAGUACGCCGCGGCCCCCGACGAGAUCCUCGACGAAGCGGACGACACGAUCGAGUGCGAGAUCCGCUGCAGUAUGGAGUCCUGGGCGCCGAAUCUCGACGUUGCCGUGACGCCGCCGCCGCGCAACGUCGCGUGCCUGCGUCGCCACAAGCUGUCGCUCGGCGGCGGUGGCCUCUGGAUGACGAUCGAGCACAGCACCGCGGCGCUCGCCAACGAGCGCGUGGUCGUGACCGUGCGCAAAGGGCCGGCCCAGUCCAAGGAGCGCAAUGUCGUGCUGCUCAACGGCACGCGCGCGCGCGUCGAUUCCGACGACCUCGACCCCGCACAGGUCAAGGAGCUCGCGCGCCGGAAGCGCACCAAGCCGCAGCGCGUUCCCCUCGAUUUUCACCCCCGCGCUGCGCCGGACGUGGCCGAGGCGGAGGAGACAGAAGACGCGGAGGAGGCCGAGGCACCGCAGCCCGCGCCGGCGCCGGCGCCUGCGGCGCAGCAUCCGAUGCAAUCCGCGCUCGACGCACUGUUCCUUCUGCGCCGCAUCAACUCGGAGCGCCAUCCGGACCCUGCUGGCGUGCCGGCCGGCUGGGCGCUCGUCUCGGAGCGCAACGGCCUGUACAUUCGGCGCAAGCUCCUUGAAAGCCUGUCGCCAACUGUGGCCGUGCAGCGCGCGGACAAGAUUGUCGAGGGCAUCGCGGCCGAGGAGCUCUUGCACCUUGUCUCGAACCUGGGGUGCCGUGCGCUCUGGGACGAGCGCAUGGGCAAUGCAACCACACUGGCUAGCUACGGCAGCGGCGCGACGGCAACGAGCUGGGUGGCGCAGGGUUCCUUCCCCUUCCGCCCGCGGCAGUUUGUCGUCAGCUCGCUCACGGCCUAUGGUAGCCAGGUGGCGCCACUCACCCCGUCCGGGCUCAUGUCGCCGACCACGUCGCGGCAGCCGGUCUACUUCCACGCGUCUGCAUCGUGCGACAUGCCCGACGUAGACCCGGCCAAGCUUAAUCCGCAGCAGCUGCCGCUUGGGCGCGUGCUGAUUGACGGCUGGAUCUUUGAGACGCUCGAUCCGUACAGCUCCGCCUCGUAUGCGAUUCCCAGCACACGCGCGACGCACGUCGUGGCGAUCGACUAUGGCGGCGCGAUGCCCGCCUCGAUCAAUGCGCUGUGGAACGCGGCGCUGCCCCGUGCCGUGCUGCAGCUCGAGCACUUUUUGCAGACGCGCGGCCCUACGCCGUCGCUGCGCUCGCCGCCGGCUUGGAUGCACGUCGUGGGUGACGGCCACGACGACGACCGCACGCUCGUCUGGACGCUGCAGCGGCCCCAGCGCCCGGUGUCGCUCCUGACGAGCGACUUUGCUGCCAAGGAGCGUACGAUGCGAGUCGUCGUCCUCCUGCCGCGGCAGGAUCUCUUGGCGGUGCCCGCGUCGCCGCCGACGCUCAGCCUGCAGUCGACCCCGACGUCGCCCAUCCAGCGCGCUGCGAGCCGCAACUCGCACAAGCCGCGCGACGCGACCGAGAUCAGCGUCGUGGACGUGCAGAUCGAGCUACAGCACUAUCCCCAGGGCUAUGCCCUCGACGUCGCAUGGGCCGAAGCCGAGCCGGCCUCGGACGAGACGCUCUCGGACACGUUUGACCUGUCGAUCGAGCCAAAGACACCGCCGAACGAUGCGUGCCCGCUCCAGGUCAAGGUGCUCGACCGCCCGCCGUCGGCGCUUCAGGCGGCGACACGCAACGCGGUCGACCGCUCGCACAAGCACCUCGUGCGUGUCGAGCUGCCGGGCGUGCAAAAGGACUCGGCGUGGUACACGCAGCUGCAGGCGCGCGGCGUCGCCGUGCGCGUGACGGCCACGCCGCUCGCGGCCGCCGCCAAGGCCCAGGGUACCGAGACCGGCCAGGUGCCGGUGACGUGCAACGGCAAGGUAGCCGAGAUUGUUUAUGGCGACGAGUCGGUGCGCAGCCUCGAGGAGACGGCGCUAGUCGACCAGCUGGAGCGCAUUGCGCGCCCGGGGCCUGUGCCGUCGACACCGCGCGAGAUGCCGCGCGGGUGGGAGCGCAGCGUCGACGCCAACGUCCUCGCGCAGCCGCUCGCCCGUGCGCACGGCUUGCAGAAAGAUGCGCCGCCGAAGGAAGAACCGAAGCCUGCGUUGGCGCCGGCCGCGCCUGCGCCCGAUGCACAGGCCGAGGCACCGUCGCCUGCGCCUGCGCCCAUGUUUGGCCUCUUGCGGCCGUCGAGUCGCUCGCACAGCGCGUCGCGCUUCAACACGACACUGUCGAGCAUGACGCAGCUCGUAUCGCUUGGUGCCAAGGAUGAAGAGCAUGCGCAGCUGCCUGGCACUUUGCAGGACGAGCCUGAGGCGGCGCCGCGCGUGAGCAUGCGCGGCAAGCCGCGCUACCGCCUGUCGACGUUGGUCCUCGUCUCGAUCGUCUCGUUCCUGCUCGGCUCGCUUGUGCGCUCGCUCAUCCAGCCGGCGGACUAUAUUCUUGUCCCCCCCACCGGCAUAACUGAGGCGCCCCCCGCGCGUCCCGGUGGCCUGUCCGAGACGCGCAGCAUGCUCGACAUGGCCGCGCGCGAGAUUGACUCGUUGGUCCGUGCAGCGCGUCAGCUGCAUGUCUUUACCGGCCAGGCGGUUGAUGGCGCGGCGCGUGGCGACCACCCCGUACUGGAUACUCCCCCCGCACCUGCUGAGAACCUGGUACGCUGGCGCGAGGUGCGUCGCUUUUUCGACGUGCGCCUCCCCGGCCACUGGGACGUGGUCCUGGCGCUGGUCCGGCGGUAG